UUAGGCUUAUUUAGCGUCAUGGCAGCUAAAAAGCCUGACUAAACGGUUCAAAACGGAAUUUUUCGGCGAAAGUUUGGUAUUCAAAGGGUCAAGACCUGGACUUUAGACUGGCCACCUUCGCCGCCCUUUUUGCCCUAGCCACCCUGACCACCCCAGCCAUCCUUGAAACCCUUGUAACCCUUGCUUUCCCCGCCAGCUUUGCAUCUCUCCGCACGCUCUACCCCACGCCAGCCUCGCCACAUUCGCCAUCCUAGGCACCCCUGCUACCCUGACAACCCUUGCAAUCUUUGCAACCAUGGCGAACCGUUGCCACCCUCGCCACACUUGCGAUCCUCUCCCUCCUUGCAACUCUCGCAACCCUUGCUACGCCCGCCACCCUUCCCACUCUCGUCACUCUUUCCACCCUUGCAACUCUCGCCACCUUUGCCCUCCCUGGCCCUACUCACCACCCUGCUAGACUAAGUCUCGCCACGCUCACCAUCCUUGCCACCCUUUCCAUCCUGGUCAACCUAGCUAAUCUUGCCACCCAAGGCACUCUUACAACCCUUGCAACCUUUCCAGCCCAUAGCACCUUCGCUACCCAUUCUGGAUAAAACGUCAAUAGAACGUCAAAUGAUUUGGUAGACUGUAUGGAAGCUCCGUUUGAAGUGCGGUACAUGUCAACUAUCAUAUAUGAAGAGUGGUACGUAACAAUUAUCAUAUAUGAAGAGCUUGCCCAAGGGAUAAGAAUUCAACAUGGCGCAGGAGGGUACUGCAUGACCCUAGAAUUAGCUCGUCUUUGAUUCAUAUACAGGUCAUUUUUCAGCCAAUGUUUAGGAGCGAAGUUUUGUCAUUAUAUCGCCGAAUAUUUCGAUUAGCCCGGCAAUGGCAAGCCACAACAACAGCAGAUACUGAAGCUGAAAGACAAUACAUUCGAGACGAAGCAAGGAAAUUGUUCCACAAAAACAAGAAAGUUACCAAUCCAGAGGAGAUAAAGCUGUGUAUUCAUGAAGCCAAUGCUCGAAUUGAGAUUGCCCUUCACUAUAGGACACCUUAUCCUAGAAUGAUACAUAUGCCACCUUCAGCUGUGCCAAAAACAAGUACAAAACAAAGGAAGACUCAAGAGCGCAUCAGAAAACAGGCCAAACCUGUUUACAUGCACUCUGACGAUGACAUUGAUAAAUGAAAGGCUUUAUGGGUUGGGGUGCAUUUACACAUGCAGAAUGCUGACAUAGUGCUAUUCUUGUCUGAGAUUCAAGGCUUUUAAUAAGUGGUACUGUUAUGCUGUAUGCAUGGAUGGAUGGACAGCUAAAUGGCCGGAUGCACCAAUGGAUCGACAAAUGGAGGGAAAGACUAAACUGACUGACUUAUUAACAUUCUCAGUGGUAAACCAAUUGAUUGGUUGUAAGAUUGUGUGAUUAAGAGAAUGAAAUUAUUUCAUUCUCUUUACUCAGUCUAGCAUACUCAUUUUGGGUUAAAAAUCAAAACAACACUCAGUAAAGUACUGUGCAAUUCUAAAAUGUUUUAUUCACCUUUAAUUCUAUUUACACACUAAAAAUAAAAAAAUACUUUGCAAACUGCACAAUAAUUCAAAUCCAUACUAUCCUAGCAUGUUUAAGAGUUCACUUUUUGUACAAAUAGUCACAUAACUAUUCAAGUGGCAUUGCCUGUUAUUUAACAUAAGAUACACAGGUAUAAUGUGGCUCACCCUGGCAUUAAUUUCUGGCAACUGAACUGAACUUUAGUCAUUGAAUUCAAUAUGAUGCGAGUGUCACUAGCAAAAAACCAUAAUGAUAAUGCAAUCUCACUGACAAAAAGUAGUAAAUUGGUAUUUCUAGUAUAGGCAUUGGAAGUAUUGUUUUAUGAAAUUCUUGGCACAACUUUGUCUUGGGUUCUAUAAGUGUUAUUGGAGCCACUUUAAAUAAUUUUUGUAACAAACAUAAAAAGGAAAAAAUAGACUGAAGAGUGAUGCUUAUUUAGACAUAAUUUUGAGAUAUACAUGUACAAUGUGGUCUUGGAAUUGUCAAAAGUAAAUAAAUACUAGGAAGUAAAUCAGGGUAAUGGUCAUUAAAGCUAAACAAGAUUGAGUUGUUAUCUUAACAGAAGCUCAAUAAAUAUAGCUUAUUCACUGACAGUGUGCAAGGGACGUACUGUCAUAAUCUCAGCCCUUGGUCUUUUCUAUACAGACCUGCUGUGCUUUAUCCAUACUUUUAAGACCAAGAGGUGACAGUCUUCUAGUUUAGUCCUGAGUAAGCAUACCAGUCAAUAACAGAUUUAUUACAUGGCUUGCCCCAGGCAUUGUCUAAGUUUGCUAUUUUUUUUAUCUAGAUGGCAGACGACUUGCCUGGGCCAUUGCCAUUGGGCAAGUGAGAUUGAAAGGUUACUUGCCCAAAAGGAAAAUGUAGUUGUCCGAGACAAAUUUCUGGCACUUUUUUUGAGCCCUGAAUCAAUAUUUCAAUGUCACUGAACUGGCAUAAUUAAAGAAAAUGGGAGAAACAUUUAACAUUUACCAAGGCAGACAUAAUGCACAUGUAAUUGUAUAACAUCUUUUUUCCUCACAAAAGAUUAAAAAUUAAUAUUUCACACAUCUAACUAGUGUUCAAAAUAUCAUUGCACUUUAUUAAAAAUUUCUUUUUGUGUGAAUAUUUGAUAUAUGAUACAGUGAUUUAUUACAUAAUAACUUAUAGAAUGGAUUGUGUUGCUAACAGUUAUUUUGGAGAUCAGACUUCAAGAAUUUCUCAAUUAAAUGUUGUUGAUUGUAAUAAGUUGUUUUACUUGUUUUACAAGCUAUCAUUGCUGUCAAGAAUAAUUCAAAUUUGGACUGAAAUAAACAACAACUUGAAAAGGUGCACUCUUGAACUCUUCAUCAGAAUUAUGGCCCAAAACUAUGGGUAAACCAAAGUGCAGUAAGUCUCAAAAAACUUUUCAGUCUGAUGUCACACCUCAUUGGUAGCAACACAAAACCAUUCCACGAAAAAUUAUUAGUAAUUAUUUUUUUGGUACAAUGUUAUUGUCACAUAACUAAAAUAAAAGUCAAAUGUCUGCUGCAA